AGUGGAUUUCUAUAAAAACUGGAAAACGUUAAGAGUUUUCUUUAGACUUGGAUGUAUUUGAAGAGAAUAAUUUUAGUUAAGAUUUGGCCUUUAUGUGUCUUGUGAACAGAAAUGAACUAAAAGGAAAAAUCUAUUUUAACUAAAAUAUUAGGAUGUUUCUUUCUUCCCCCAUGUGAUCCAGUUUAUGAAUUAUUUUUUCAAUUUCUUUCUGGUCACUCGUACGUCACACAAAAGUCACUUUAACCCAAUUUUCCAGCUGAAAGCCGAAGUGAGAAAGCUGGGCCAAAGCUAUAACCCAACUCUCGUGUCAAAUCAACGGUUCACAUUUGAGCUACCAAAAUUAAUCAAAUAGUUUUUACAGUGAACAACAGGAGGCGUAUUGGUGCAUUUUUUUUCUAUUUCUGCCAUUUCAUCUUGGACUACUACACACUACAGUCACACUUUGUCAUUUUCCCAGUAGUUCUGAUCAAAAAUUAUUAAAAUUUAUAACUGGUUUGCAUCUCUUUCAUCACAUUUUUCACAUCCAAACAUAAAAAAAAAAGUGCUUUAUUAACUUAUGAAAUUACACACAUCAAGUAGCUUGGUUUUUUCUUUCUUCUCCUGGAGUACAUGUAACAUCUGCCACAUUUCGAUGUUACAUGUUCGAAUUCAAAGCUGAGCCUCAUUAGGGGGGAACUAAAUGUGCUGCAGCGAUUUACAAACAAGGAAACAAUUCAGCUCAUUUCGUUAAAACGAACUGCUGGCAGACCGAGGGCUCUGUUCCGCUUCACGUUUCAGAUAAAAGUGCUGUUUCUGCUCGCUCCGGGUAAACAGGCUCAAUACCACUAAACCAAACUUAUGACAAAAGGAAAGAAACCUGCUUUGAUACCUCUUGGUUUUUACAUUUGAGGAUCACAAAUAAUCACCGUCCAGAUGGGAGGAGCCUGAAUAGUAGCAGAGCAUGUCAACUCAAUGAGGCACAGAGGAGGCAGCAGCAUGCUGUGGUGCCCACAGCGUGACGUCACUAUCGUUUUACUUCCUGGUUAUGUCUUGGCCUAGCACACACAAAAACAAAUAAAUCAAUAAAACACACAGUUGUAACGUGAGAAAAUGUGGAAAAAGUUCACGAGUCAAAAACCUUCAGUUAGUGAAUCCUGGGGAACAGGUUAUUUAUUUAUUUAUUUUUAAUAUUUACAUAAUGUGCUUUCGUGUGUGGUUGAAGCUUUUAGAAUAAUACUGAUAUUUGACUGGAAUCAGUAGUUUCGCAGCCGUUCUCCAGACGUGUGGUAGUGAUUAGAAUUAGCUGCUGCGCAAAUUGCGUAAAACCGGCUGAUGCAAAUGAAGCCAUUCCAAAUUCAUCUAUUUUAAUCGCCAGUGAUGAAUCUCAUUUCAAUCCAAAUUAUUGUAGCUUAUGUAAUCACCAAUGGAGGCCUGACUUCUCUCAAGUAGAAAGGAUGUGGGGUUUUUUUGUUUUUGUUUUGUUUGUUUUUUUGUGGGGAGGCGGGGGUUUUGAAGUGCAUACUUUUUUCUUUUUUUUUGUUGUUGUUGUUGUUGUUGUUUUAUUUUACGCACUGAAAUCUGACUCGACUUUAAAAAGCCUCUGCGGCGGCCAGCAGCCACACAGCGCCGCGUUCCGCCCCCUCUGCCCCGUGUGAGCAACAGGUAGCUCCAUAUACGGACCAGAGAGACGCCGCGCGGCCCCUCUGGCAAAGGGUUUUGCAGAGGGCGCACGGAGGGGCAGUGCCACCAUGCGCACUCCAUCCGACGCGCCUCUCCUGAGCGGAGGCAACCAGUCCCUGCCGGCUUCCAGCCCCGCCGUAGACCCGACGAUGGGAACCCCUCCGAACGGCACCCUCCACGCGAACGGAUCCGACCCGUUCGCGCGCAACGAGGAUGUGGCAAAGAUCGAGAUCAUGGUCCUGAGCAUCACCUUCGUCGUCGCCGUGAUCGGGAACUUGAGCGUGCUGCUGGCCAUGUACCACACCAAGAAGAAGACGUCCCGCAUGCAUCUGUUCAUCAAGCACCUGAGCCUGGCCGACCUGGUGGUCGCCUUCUUCCAGGUGCUGCCGCAGCUCUGCUGGGAGAUCACCUUCCGCUUCUACGGCUCGGACUUCCUCUGCCGCGUGGUGAAGCACCUCCAGGUGACGGGCAUGUUCGCCUCCACCUACAUGAUGGUGAUGAUGACCCUGGACCGUUACAUCGCCAUCUGCCACCCGCUGAAGACCCUCCAGCAGCCCACCAAGCGCUCCUACGUGAUGAUCGUCUCCACGUGGAUAUGCAGCCUGGUGCUGAGCGUCCCGCAGUACUUCAUCUUCUCCCUCAGCGAGAUCAAGAACGGCUCCGAGGUGUACGACUGCUGGGCGCACUUCGUGGAGCCGUGGGGCUCCAAGGCGUACGUCACCUGGAUGACCGUGGGCAUCUUCCUGGUGCCGGUGGUCAUCCUCAUCCUGUGCUACGGCUUCAUCUGCCGCACCAUCUGGAGGAACAUCAAGUACAAGAAGAAGAAGAAGACGGCGGCCGGGGCGGCGGGCAAGAGCGGCUUGAUCGGGAAGUCGUCGGUCAGCAGCAUCAUGAUGAUCUCCAGGGCGAAGCUCAGGACGGUCAAGAUGACUUUUGUGAUCGUCCUGGCGUACAUCGUCUGCUGGGCGCCGUUUUUCACGGUGCAGAUGUGGUCGGUGUGGGACCGAAACUUCCAGUGGGACGAUUCUGAGAACACAGCGGUGACUCUGUCUGCGCUCCUCGCCAGUCUCAACAGCUGCUGCAACCCGUGGAUAUACAUGAUCUUCAGCGGCCACCUCCUGCAGGAUUUCGUGCACUGCUUCUCCUGCUGCUGCAAGCUGAGCGGCGACUACAAGGAGGACUCGGACAGCAGCGUCCGCAGGACGACGCUGCUGACCAGGAUCACCAACCGGAGCCCCACAGGCAGCACCGGCAACUGGAGGGAGCUGGACAACUCCCCGAAAACGACGGCUCAGACGGAGUGAAACAGCCGGCGGCACCAAGAAACACAUGCAGAGUGAGCUCAUCUGUGGGCAUGCGUGAUCAGGACGAAAAGUCCCACAGACUUAGAAAUCCUAAGGGAGAAGAAAGCAUUUUGCAUGGUGAAAAGGAGCUAAACACUGUAAAUAAAAAUAUAAAUAUUAGCUUUCUGCUCAGUCCCAUGUGCAUACUAAAAAUUGUUUAUAUACGUUGUAAUAUGUCUACAUCAGACAUACAUUGUGAAAGGAGGGGAUGUAGUUUUUGCGUCACCACUUCAACCCGCCUGUGAACAUUCUGGUGCAGCAGAUAAUUGAAUAUUUCAGCUAAAUCUUUCGCAUGCUGGCGGGAGAAUCCAGUUGGGGCACAGAUAUUUCCAAGAGAGCAUGAUAUGUUGAAAAAAGAGAAAAUGUUAGCCACUGAAAAAUUCAACAUGGUCGACGUGGCACUGAAAGAAAAUUUCGUUUUGCACUAAAACUACCAAGAUUUAUCACAGUUGAAUACUCCGCUACAGCGCUAAACUGCUGAACACAUGAAAAAAGAAAAUAAUUGCAGAUGUUAGCGCUAAACCAAACACAUGAAAACAUUAGCAGGAGCUAAUGAUGAACUGCUAAAUGUAAAAAAAAAAAAAAAAAAAAAAAACAUUUCUGGAAGCUAGCGCUAAACCAAACUUGAAAAAAAUUAGUAGAAGCUAAUGCUAAACUGCUAAACACAUAAACAAAAUUUCUGGAAGCUAGCGCUGAACCAAAGACAAAAACAUCAGCAGAAGCUAAUGCCAAACUGCUAUACAUAACAAAUGAGUGGAAGCUAAUACCAAACCACUAAGCAUUUGAAAAACAAUUUGUGGAAGCUUGUACGAAUCCAAACAUGAAAAAUUGCAGAAGUUUAUGCUGAACUCCAAACCCAUAAACAAAUAAGCACAAGCUAAUGCUAACCUUAAAGACGACUGCCUCUCAGUCUGUGUCACACAUCUUAAUCUCCUUCCAGUUGACGGCUGGUUUGACAUUCACAAACAGAAAAGGCCCCAGUUUCUGAAUUUGCCACAUAUUGUUACUUUAAGGCUGUAUGACCAAAGUCCAAAACACAUGAUGUGACAUUAAGUUCAUUGAAGUCAUGAAAAUGGGUAACAGUUGAUUUAAAAGGCUCAGAUGGCAGCCAUCUUGUAAAAUUACAUUCUGACAUUCAAGUGGCUAAUUGGAAAUAUUAAAAACAUACAACCUAAGGGGCUGAGCAUACAAUUGUUUUAUGCUUGUGUCCAGACUUAGAUAAUUUUUACAGUAAUAUGCUGCCCUAUUCUUAGUCUCCCCUCCCGCCUAAACAUUCAGCUUUCUCUCCAUGCUGUCGCUGGUGUCUGGGUCUCCCAGCAGAACUGCCCGGCUCUCUUCCCUUUCUGAGUGUUCACAGAGAUAAAAUAGUCACAGAGGCCUGAAGGUGUUCAUGGGUAAAAACAGCCCUCUGGUCUCUAAGUAACCGAGGCAGCCACCACAUCCUUUGUGUUUGAAUUUCCAUUUUGUUUUUGGUUUUUUCUCUCUCUCUCUCUCUUUUUUCCCUCACAACCACAUUUCAGCGGUUUAUGUAAAAAUGUGAAUGAAACCAAUCCUUUGACCGAACAUAGAAGCACGAACAGGAAAAAAACGAAAAAGAUUUGAACAUUAUUUCUUGUAUAUAUGGCCUAAGGAGUGUUUCAUGUUGCGGCAGGUUCUCCUCUCUCAACUGCUGGCUCUCAGUUCUGACGCAGAAACACGUGGAGCCGGCAGGGACACGGACUGGAGGUGAUCCUGACCGCUCUCGGGUGGCGACCCACCCUUUGCGCACCGUUCCCAUGACUUUCACAGAAUGUCAAGGAGGAGCUCACGCAUUCCUCACAAAACACGUCAGCUCACUUCCCGAGUUGUUUUUUUUUUUUUUCUUUUCCUGACAUCCUGCGCUGUUGGGGGCUCUGUGUUUUUGGCUUUGUUUGCGCACAAGACAAAAAGAAUUUCCUGCACUUUAAUAUGAUUUAUGGCAUUUUAAAGGCCGUCAGACCACAACCACGGAGUCCAACGAUUGUGUAAUUAAUCAAAGUUGUAUAUGUAUUACUUUGUGUAUGUGUGUGUGUGUGUGUGUAGCCUAAUGUAUAUUUGUAAAUAAAAGGCACUUGAAUAUCUGUAAAUAGAAGUAAUAUAUGUAAAUCUGUCUGUAAUGGCUUUGUGCUCACAUCUUAAAAGAAGAGAUUUAUGCUGAAAUACACAUCAAUGGAAUGAAUAAUCACUUUGUUGCGUGUUUUCAUUGUCAAAACACUGGAGGUUUCACUGUUUGUUUUAUGCAGCUGCUGCACAGCCACAGAAAUCUGUCUGUUGUUUUGAAAUAACAAUUUCUAAACUUAUAUCUCAAGCCAAUCGGAGCGCCUGCUUUGUGCCAGUAUCUGGUGUUACGCAACCUUUCCAUUGAAAAUAGUGAGAGUAGGAAGUCCAGAUAAAACAGACCUCUUUCCAG